UAUCUCGGAUUCUUUAAUCGCUUUCUUCGAUCUCAUCACUCGAUAGCUCGCGGACGAGGUUUCAAUCGAAGAAUAUUAAACAGCACCUUUUGUCUGUUCCACAAUGAGCCCUCGCGAUCGCUAUGACGAAGACGACGACCGGAAACCUGCUGCCGUUACCACUGCAUCCGCACCAAGAAGUGCUACCCAUCGGAUGAACAAAGCGCAUGUCUCUGUCAAGCCGGGAUCUUCAACGACGAGAAGAGCCCCGCUGCAGUCCCGUGAUCCCAAUACAAUUUCUGGUUCGUAUCGAUCGGGUUCUAGCAACUCGACGGAGGAAUACAAUUCAAAAGACUUUCGUUUCUCCAACCUCGAGUCGUCAAACAAUGAAUGCAACAAGCGUUUUAUGAACUCGACGAACAACAGUGGAAGAAAUUUUAGUAGAACCCUUCCCGGGGGAUCAAAUUCCGCCACUAAUAGCAAUGUGAUGCGAAGUUAUUCGACUUCCGAGCUCCGGGAAGGAUCGGAUCCGGGUGUCCCCGCACCGGCCAGGGGCAGUGCGUACACCACAAGAUCGACGUCCCUCCCGAAUCUUGAUGCAGACAGCGUAAUAAUCGAAGAGCACCGGCGGAAAAUCAACGGAGAAGGUUACACCCUCCAUCGGUAUCUCCGUGGGAAGAUGCUCGGAAAGGGUGGUUUUGCAAAGGUAUAUUUGUGUACUGCACUUGACACCAACAAAUCGUACGCGAUCAAAAUUGUUCCCAAGGCAAAUCUUGUGAAGGCAAGAGCUCGAGAUAAGGUAAGAAAACAAAUUCAAGUAUCGCAUUCGAGUCUUUUUCGACGGAUUCGUUCUGACCCUCAGCGCACGUCCAUGCUUCGAAUCUGUAGUUGAAAGCCGAAAUUAAGAUUCACCGCACACUCCACCAUAUGAAUGUUUGUGCGUUCAAGCACUUUUUUGAGGACAAAACAAAUUGUUAUAUUUUGCUCGAGUUGUGUCACAACCAGAGUAUGAAUGAAAUGAUCAAGCGCAGGAAACGUCUUACCGAACCAGAGACUGCCUUCUUUAUGAGGCAAUUAAUGGAGGCCACGAAGUAUAUGCACAAGGAACUUGUGAUUCAUCGUGACUUGAAGCUUGGAAACCUUUUCUUGGACAAAAAUAUGAACAUCAAAGUAGGUGAUCUGGGCCUGGCAACAAAAUUACAAUCGGCGGACGAAAUUCGCAAAACGAUUUGCGGAACGCCGAACUACAUUGCUCCCGAGGUCAUUCAGGGCGACAGGGCCACACGUGGUCACUCCUUUGAAGUAGAUAUAUGGUCUAUGGGGGUGAUUAUGUUUACUUGUUUGGUUGGAAAGCCACCAUACGAAGCUAAAGAUGUCAAGGCGACAUACCAGCGUAUCAUGGCAAACCAAUACAAGUUUCCAAGCAACGUUUCAAUAUCCGAUGAUGCGAAGAAUUUGAUUGUCAAGAUGCUACAAUCCAAACCGUCUGAUCGACCUACCCUGGACGAAAUUUCCGUCCAUCCUUUUUUGACCUCUCGUUUCAUCCCGGAAUGUCUACCCUCCAAUGCUACACACGUAGCUCCCAGAUGGGAGGCCUCUGCCAGCAGCAGUGCUGCACAAAAUGCGUUUUCCAGACCGGGCCUUUUGAAGCCAAAUACUUCAAGACUUCCAUUUGUAGCACGGGAUGCCAAUGUUCCUUCCACAGCGCAGCGGGACGAGAGAAAGAAGCCUCCACCUUCAUCAACAACGAAUCCCUCGCCGAUGAUGCAAGUUCAAGGAGCUGUAAAGUAUGCGUGGUCCGCUGUCACUAGUGUGGCAUCUCCUUCUCGCCCUGUCGCACAGCAGCCAACCCCCAAAUUUCGAGUGUUCGAUGAAACCAACGAUCGACAGUCCAGUGAGCGUGACAUUGUUUCAAGAACUGCGAACUUAGGGAUUGGGGCAACGACAAGAGAGAUAUCACCCGACAACCCAUCGUCUCACCGCAGAGCCGAGCCUGCUUCGUCGAACACGGAUUCGUUUACAUUGAACGACAUGUUCGAACGUGUCAGUAUAGUAUUGGAUAUUGUUUCCUCGAGAGACUAUUCCAAUGUUCCUGCGGAUUCUCAAUCUCUUGUCCCUGUUUCUGAUGGAGGUCCCACGAAGUGGGUGGAGCGAUACGUUGAUUACACCAGUAAAUACGGUCUCGGAUACUUGCUAUCCGAUGGAAGGUAAGUCGAAAGUUUCACUGAUCGAUGCAGCAAAGGUUUGAUGUGUGACGGUAUCUCAUUUGGUUUGCUCUUCGCAACUUAUAUUUACUUUCGAUUACGUUUCUUUUCUCUACAUUAGUUCCGGAGUCUACUUCAAUGAUUCGAAAAAGGCCAUUGUUGAGGCCCAGGGUGACAAUUUUGAAUUCAUCGAGAGGAGAAGAUCUUCGGAGGAUCCUUCUCGUCGCAAUGAACCAACGGUUGCCUC